AUGGCGUUAAACCUGACCAUUAACACCAGCGACCCGCCUCUGGGAGUGCUUUUGGCUGCAGAGCAUGUGAAGAAUGCUGUGCAGGUGUCGGUGGAGGAAGGCAAAGACAACAGUCUUCACAUCUCAGAUUCGAUCCAGUUCAGCGACGCAAACUCAAUCUGCCGCUACCUGGCCCGGGUGGCUCCCGCACUCGGCCUCUACGGAGCCAAUAUGAUGGAGCAGACUGAGGUGGACCAUUGGCUGGAGUUCAGCGCCCGCCGUCUGUGUGACCAGCCGGAUCUGACGUCUGCGCUGGGGGACCUGGACAAGGCCCUCUCUUUGCGGACCUUCCUGGUCGGACGUGCCCUCACCCUGGCUGAUCUGUCUGUGUGGGCUGCCCUGAAAGAUCGCAGUGACUGGCCGGGCCAGGGCAAACCUUUCCCUCACGUCAGCCGCUGGUUCUUCUUCCUGAACUCGCAGGCGCCCUUCUCUGCUGUGGGCACCAAGUACGGCAGACAGAAAUCUGCAAACGGCAGUUCCAGCUCAGGUGAGAAGAAGCAGGAUGUUGGGAAGUUCGUGGAUCUGCCCGGAGCCGAGAUGGGAAAGGUGGUGGUUCGCUUCCCUCCUGAGGCCAGCGGAUACCUGCACAUCGGCCACGCCAAAGCUGCCCUGCUGAACCAGCACUACCAGGUGACAUUCAAAGGCAAGCUCAUCAUGCGCUUCGACGACACCAACCCUGAGAAGGAGAAGGAGGACUUUGAGAAGGUCAUUCUGGAGGAUGUCGCCAUGCUCCAGAUCAAGCCAGAUCAGUUCACCUACACCAGUGACCAUUUCCCCAUCAUCAUGCGUUAUGCAGACCAGCUUCUCGCUGAGGGCAAGGCCUACAUCGACGACACCCCUCCUGAGCAGAUGAAGCAGGAGAGGGAGCAGCGCGUGGAGUCCAGAUGCAGAAACAACACCGUGGAGCAGAACAUGAAGAUGUGGGCCGAGAUGAAAGCCGGGACCGAGUACGGUCAGAUGUGCUGCAUGAGAGCAAAGAUUGACAUGAGCUCCAACAACGGCUGCAUGAGAGACCCCACCCUGUACCGUUGCAAGAACAGCCCCCACCCUCGCACCGGAUCGGCCUACAAAGUCUACCCAACAUAUGACUUUGCCUGCCCCAUCGUGGACAGUUUGGAGGGGGUUACCCAUGCUCUGAGGACCACAGAGUACCAUGACCGUGACGACCAGUUCUACUGGAUAAUCGAAGCCCUUCGCCUCAGAAAGCCCUUCAUCUGGGAGUACGCCAGGCUCAACCUCAACAACACAGUGCUGUCCAAACGGAAACUCACCUGGUUUGUCAACCAGGGCUAUGUGGAUGGAUGGGAUGAUCCUCGCUUCCCUACUGUGAGAGGCGUGUUGAGGAGAGGAAUGACCGUGGAGGGUUUAAAACAGUUCAUAGCAGCCCAGGGAGGAUCGAGGUCAGUGGUGAACAUGGAGUGGGACAAGAUCUGGGCCUUCAAUAAGAAGCUGCCCGUUAGCUGUCUGAAGGUUAUUGAUCCUGUAGCUCCCAGGUACACAGCUCUGUCCAGCUCCUACGUGGUUCCUGUUUCAGUCCCAGAGGCAGCAGAGGAAAUGAAGGAGGUGGCCAAGCAUCCCAAGAACUCAGAGGUCGGGAUGAAGGAGGUUUGGUACGGGCCCCGCGUUCUGGUCGAGGGAGCCGACGCAGAGACGUUUACUGAAGGCGAGAUGGUGACUUUCAUCAACUGGGGCAACCUGGUCAUCACUAAGAUCAACAAAGGGCCGGACGGGAAGGUCGUGUCCAUGGAGGCUCGCCUGAACCUGGACAACAAGGACUACAAGAAGACAACAAAGAUCACAUGGCUGGCUGAAACCGACAGGGCCCCUCUGCUGCCCACCAUCUGCGUCAACUACCACCCGCUCAUCACUAAAGCUGUCAUCACCAAAGACGAUGAUUUCAAAGAGUACAUCAAUAAAAACAGCAAGCUGGAGGAGAAGAUGGUCGGUGAUCCAUGCCUGAAGAACCUGAAGAAAGGGGACAUCAUCCAGCUUCAGAGGCGGGGCUUCUACAUCUGCGACCAGCCCUACGAGGGAUUCAGUCCAAACAGCUGCAAGGAGAGUCCCUGUGUUCUCUUCUACAUUCCUGACGGACACACCAAGGAGAUGCCGACCGCUGGAUCAAAGGACAAAAGCAAGAGCCAGGCCUCCAGCAAUACACCUGCUAAGGCUACCAAAGCUCCUCCAGCCUCUGCCUCGGCUCCUGCACCGACCCCGGCCCCAGCAGCUGAGCUGUUCUCAAGUAUUGUAGCUCAAGGCGAAGCCGUCCGCAACCUAAAGGCUGCCAAGGCCCCUAAGGAGGAAGUCGAUAAGGCCGUUCAGACGCUCCUUUCCCUGAAGACUCAGUUUAAACAGCAGACCGGUGUGGACUACAAACCAGGCAUGGCUCCGCCCACCUCUGCUCCAGCCACGCCAGCCACACCACCCUCCACAGCACCUACAGCAGAGCCCGCCGCUUGUCCGUUCACCCGGGUCUCCCAGCAGGGGGAGCUGGUCAGAAAACUGAAAGCGGAGAAGGCGCCUAAGGAGCAGAUUGAUGCUGCAGUGAAGCAGCUCCUCGCGCUCAAGGCGGAGUUUAAAAAGAUCACUGGUCAGGAUUACAAACCGGGGAUGGGCACGGCCACUUCCUCUGCUGCACCCACUGUGACCUCCUCCUCCUCCUCCUCUUCCUCCUCUACUGGCCUGUAUGAGCGUGUCGCGCUUCAGGGGGAAGUUGUGAGGAAACUGAAGUCUGAAAAAGCCCCCAAGGACAAGAUUGAUGCUGCUGUUAAACAGCUGCUCACCCUGAAAGAAGAGUACAAACAGGCCACAGGGCAGGACUACAAGCCAGGAGCAGCCCCCCCUCAGAAGUCCACUGCCCCAACGCAGAACAGCGCCAGCCCCGCUUCUGCUGCCAAUGGCCUCUAUGAGAAAGUAGCGGAGCAAGGAGAGUUGGUCAGGAAGCUGAAGGCUGAAAAAGCCCCUAAGGAUCAGGUGGAUGUGGCUGUGAAACAGCUCCUGGCUCUGAAGGCAGAGUACAAGCAGCAGACUGGACAGGAGUACAAGCCAGGCUUACAAUCCCCGACCAGCCCGGCUCAAAAUCCAGCCAGGACUGCCCCGGCCCCAUCCAGCACCUCGCCGCAGGCCCAGGAACUCCACUCACAGGUGGCCCAGCAGGGGGAACUGGUGAGGAAACUGAAGACUGAGAAGGCCGCUAAGGAGCAGGUGGACGAAGCCGUGAAGACUCUACUGGACCUGAAGAGCAAGUACAAGUCUCUGACUGGAGAGGACUACAAACCAGUCGCUGCUGCUGGAGUCACCGGAGGAGAUGACAAGAACCGCAAGGAGAGGGAGAACAAGUCUGAGAAACAGGGAGGAGGAGGAGGAGGAGGCGGGAAGAAGGGGAAAGGAGACAAGGGAGGUCAAGGAAAGGAGUCAUCAGGAGGAGCAGGAGGCACAGGAGAGGGACAAGGGCCCAAGAAACAGACACGGCUGGGUUUGGAGGCCAAGAAAGAGGAGAACCUUGCUGAGUGGUACUCUCAGGUCAUCACCAAGGCGGAGAUGAUCGAGUACUACGACGUGAGCGGCUGCUAUGUGCUGCGGCCGUGGUCCUACUCCAUCUGGGAGGCAAUCAAAGACUUCUUUGACAGAGAGAUUAAAAAACUGGGGGUAGAGAACUGCUACUUCCCCAUGUUUGUUUCCCAAGCUGCCUUGGAGAAGGAAAAGUCUCACAUUGAGGAUUUUGCCCCUGAGGUGGCCUGGGUGACUCGUUCAGGAAAGACGGAGCUGGCUGAGCCCAUUGCUGUCAGGCCCACCAGCGAGACAGUGAUGUAUCCAGCUUAUGCUAAAUGGGUCCAGUCCCACAGAGAUCUGCCGAUCAAACUCAACCAGUGGUGUAACGUUGUGAGAUGGGAGUUCAAACACCCGCAGCCCUUCCUAAGGACACGAGAGUUCCUGUGGCAAGAGGGACACACAGCAUUUGCCACAAAGGAGGAGGCGGCCGAGGAGGUGUUGCAGAUCCUGGAUCUGUAUGCCAGGGUGUAUGAAGAGCUGAUGGCCAUCCCUGUGGUGAAGGGGAGGAAGACUGAGAAGGAGAAGUUUGCCGGAGGGGAUUACACGACAACAGUGGAGGCCUUUAUCUCUGCCAGCGGCCGAGCUAUUCAGGGUGCUACAUCCCACCAUCUGGGCCAGAACUUCUCCAGGAUGUUUGAGAUUGUGUUUGAGGACCCCAAGAAGCCGGGUGAAAAGCAGCUGGCUUUCCAGAACUCCUGGGGCAUUACAACCAGGACCAUCGGUGUCCUCACUAUGGUUCAUGGAGACAACAUGGGACUCGUACUUCCACCCAGGGUGGCCUGCCUACAGGUUGUCAUCAUUCCAUGUGGGAUCACUGCAUCCCUGUCAGAGCAGGACAAGGAGGCCCUGUUGACUCAGUGCUCCAAAUACCUGAGCAGGCUUCUGGACGCUGGCGUCAGGGUGAAGACGGACGUCCGAGACAACUACUCUCCAGGAUGGAAGUUCAAUCACUGGGAGCUAAAGGGAGUCCCCGUCCGCCUGGAAGUGGGCCCUAAAGACAUGCAGCAGAAGCAGUGUGUCGCAGUGAGGAGAGACACGGGUGCAAAGGUGACCAUUCCUGAGGCCGAGGUGGAGAAAAGGCUGGUUGGCAUGUUGGAGGACAUCCAGAACAACCUGUUCAGGAAAGCUUCAGACGACCUGAAGACGCACAUGGUGGCUGUAGACACGAUGGACGAGUUCCAGAAAGAGCUGGACCAGGGCAAGAUUGUUCAGAUUCCUUUCUGUGGAGGAAUUGAAUGUGAGGACUGGAUCAAGAAGACCACUGCCAAGGACCAGGACCUGGAGCCUGGAGCUCCGUCCAUGGGUGCUAAAAGCCUCUGCAUCCCCUUCUCUCCCAUAAAACCCCUUCAGUCGGGUCAGAUGUGCGUCAGCGGCAAGGAGCCUGCGCAGUAUUACACUUUGUUCGGGCGUAGCUACUAAACAGCUGCUCCUUGAAAAUGGCCAUCCAAGUAGAAAAAGGGCUGUCCCGACCCGCGUUGACUAACCUGUUUAAUCUACCUGAGGGGACUGGGUGUGUGGCUCACAUUUAAAAUGUUUGUUUAUUUUAUUUUUUUCUACAUGUAGUGAAAUGAUUGAAGGGGAGUAAGGGGUCCAGACAUUGUUUACUCUUAGAAUUUGGUCAUGAUUCUUUAUCAGUCCUUUAUGGCAGAGGCAGCCCUGAAAGGCCACACUGUGCAACAGGCAGAAAUGUUACUGUAUCUAAUGAGGCAUUUUCUAGAAUCCAAUUGUAAUUUCUCCAAUAGUUUUGGUCAUGACGUCUGUAUCUAAUAGGGCUGGGGUUUUAAAAGUCUGCAAAACACUAAACAACAAGAAGCAAUGAUAGGAAUGUCACUCUCUACUUCUGAUGAAAGGCCUGCCAACACUUCUCUCACUUGCCGAUGAACUGUCUCAGGAACUUGCAAUGGAAGCAUAAUUCUCACAGGUAUGUCAGCUUUGCUGUUUGCCUAGUUACUUCAUGUUGGCUCACGGUGAUCUUCUGAAGCCUCCAAAAUAUGUAACUGUGGUGAAAUGGCGAUAUGGUGAAAAGUCAAAGGUGUAGCUGCCCACCACUUUAGUCCCACAACAUGUCUUUGCAGUCUGUGUAUAAUAAAGCAAUUUCCACUG